AUAGUUUUCAGUAUGCUGGUCUUUACCCAUUAGCUAAACCCAGUACACAGAGUUGGUUAGUGUGGCCGGCCUGUUAGCUAGCUGUUGGAUCUCAUGUCUCUAUUCAUAAACUCAGGAGGAGGCGUCCUGGGUGCGUCAGGCGGUGCACACAACCCAAUGAAGGAUUUCGAAGUUCAGCAACCACCGGAAGACUCCAUCAGUAAGAUUGCCUUCAGCUCUCACGCACAGACCAGUAACUACCUUGUGGCCUCAUCCUGGGAUAACCACGUGUAUUGUUACGAGGCUGGGGAUAACUCGACUACGAGAAAAGCACGUACCUCACAUUCGGCACCUGUCCUCGACUGUUGCUGGCACUCGGAUGGCACCAAGAUCCUAACUGCCUCGUGUGACAAGACGUGCAAGUUGUGGGACCUCCAGUCCAACCAGGCGAUAGACGUGGCCCAGCAUGCUGCCCCCAUCAAAUCAGUACACUGGAUCCAGUCCCCCAACUACCAAGUGGUCGUCACUGGCAGCUGGGACAAGACUCUCAAAUUUUGGGACACACGGACUCCUAACCCCGUGCUGACGCUACAGCUGCCCGAGCGCUGCUACUGCAUGGAUGUGAUGUAUCCGAUGGCUGUGGUAGGGACUGCCUCCAGGGGACUGAUUGUAUACCAGCUGGAAGGAACACCCUCGGAAUUUAGGAAAUUCGACAGUCCCCUCAAGUAUCAGCAUCGCGCUGUGCGAAUCUUUAAAGACAAGCAGAACCAGCCGACUGGAUUUGCCCUAGGUUCCAUUGAGGGACGGGUGGCCGUCCACCAUAUUAACCCACAGAACCCUCAGAAGGACAACUUCACGUUCAAGUGCCACCGGUCUAAUCCUUCCACCCCAGGAGCCUCCCAAGACAUCUACCCUGUCAACGACAUAGCGUUCCACCCCCAACACGGCACGCUUGCCACGGUGGGUGCUGACGGGAAGUUCGGUUUCUGGGACAAGGAUGCUCGCACUAAACUGAAGAACUCUGACUCAAUGGAACAACCCAUCACCAGUUGCUGCAUCAAUAACAACGGCAACGUGUUCGCCUACUCUGUCAGCUAUGAUUGGUCCAAGGGCCACGAACAUUUCAAUCCCCAAAAGAAGAAUUGUAUUUUCCUGAGAAAUAUUCAGAAAGAUAACGAGAUGAAGCCGAGAGUCAAGAAACGAUAAACUGUCAGACUCUUGUAACUAUAAUUGUGUUUGUAUAGCUCAAUUUCUGUAGGUACUUCAUUCUCAAUGGCUGUGUGUUCUUUGCUCAAUAUUAAGAGUCAAGUUGA